CUUUGAUAAGAUUCCAGCACUUUGAAGCAGAUUGUUUGAAAUGCAAAGACUUAAAGCCAAAAUUAUCCAGGUGGCAAAGCUGGCAGCUGUUUGUUCUGGGCUGCCGUUUGUAUGUAUUACUGUAUAUGCAGCAACAGAAAAGGAGUCAAAAAGUCAGCUGGUGAAGCCAGAUAAGCUCUCAAUUUACAGUGCCCCCCCUCUGAAGUCAAAGUACAUCGAGGAGCAGCCUGGGCACCUGCAGCAGCAGCUCUCGGCAGUGCGACAGACGACCGGCCACUACUUUGGGUGGUGCCAGAGUGCUUUUGUCUUUGUUAAAAACGGAAUAGUGGAUGCAAUUCAGUUUGGAAAAGAUGCUUAUGUUUACCUGAACAACCCUCCCCCAGACUUUCUUCCCAAAGCCAGUGUAAUUACGGUGUCAGGCUUGGCUGGUGUAGUGCUGGCAAGAAAAGGUUCUAGGUUUAAGAAAAUUGCUUAUCCAUUGGGACUUACUGCUGUAGGAUAUUCUGUUUGUUACCCAGCUCAGUCAGUGGUCAUUGCUAAGGUAACAGGGAAAAAGUUACUUUGUGCGAGUCAUCAGACCUAUGAGGCUGUGAGGUCACUGUGGGCAGAAAAACAAACUGUCUCCAAGCUGCAGCAAGAGUCAAAACCAAUUAUGCAAGAAGAUAAGAAAAAGAAAGGAACUUGUAGUACCAAACCUGAGUCUGCUGUUGAGUCAAGAUCAUUGAACAGAACAGAAUCUUUGCCAGUAGAGUGUUGGAGUAAUGAAGAUCCAGUGCCAUCAUCAGGAACAGUGAAGACAUCAAAAUUUAAGCCUGAUGCAAAACUUGUGGACCAUGGUCAGUCCAGCCCAGAAGAUGUGGACAUGUACAGCACCAGAAGCUAAGCCAAGUCUGCUUUACAAACUGCAAAAUAUUACAGAUAAGGGGGAGGGAAGAAGGGAAGGAAUAAUCUUUACAAUACAUACUCUGUGAGGUAUAAUUUAAUCAGAUAUUUUCUUAUCUCCCGAUUUGUAUUAUUGACGUACAUGAUUCUGUUCAGUGCUUAUUUUGUUCCUGACUCCAUAUAAGCAAUGGGAAUUCACUCAGUGUCAUUAGUGAGACACUGAGAAAACAAGAUUUGUCAGUGUCUUCUCCCAAUGAGGUUUCUCUGUGCCAAACUUGCUAAUAAAUGUCACUUCACAAAGGAUAUUUGAGAAUGCAAACAUAUCUCUGCUUUGGCUCAGAUGUUCAUUGAUCUGAAAGAAGAAUGUGGGGGAUGGGGUUUGCAGAGGCUUCUUCGUCUUUUAUCUUUCAGCUCUGGAACAAAAUGCAAGUUCCUGCUGGUCUGAGUAGCCUUAAAAUAUCCAUGGUUGUAUCAUGUGAACAGCAAUGGCUUUAAUGCUUGUGUAGAAGAGUCACAGAAUAAUUUGGUACUGUUUGCCUUUUUCACAAAGGUGAAUGGAAACAACUCUGUGUCCUGCACGCCUCUGGUGUGUUCAAAUGUCACUGAAGCUGGGCAGAAACAUACAACUGAUCUCUAAACGUCCUUUCUAGACUAUGCAUCAGUUUUCACCUACUUCCAAUACUUGGAAGAACUGUGUAUAAAUUUCUUAAUCCAUGAAACUGAUACUGAAUUUAUAUAAAAUCCAUUAGAAAUGUUUAGGAAGCUGGAAAUUGGUAGUUUCAAGGUUUAAACUGCUGACAGACAGUAAAAACACAGAUGUAGUAGGCAGCCAACUUUUUCUUCUCACAAGUUUGUGUGCAGUACCCAUUGAUUUAAAUUCUGUGUUUUUCCAUAAGAAUAAUAUUAGAAAUUACAUUUCCUAGGAUGAAACUUUCAAACACUGCUUUUAUCAUUAUGUAUAUUGCUGUACUUCUGUUCAUCUUCCAUUUCUCUUCAUUCUGUUAUCUUUCGAUUAAUGAAAAUUUGCUUUGCUGUACAGUUGAGGGGGAAGCAAGAGAAACCAUAUGAACAGAUAGUGUGAUUGGAAGGCUAAAGCCUGAAAUGCUGCUGUUCUCAGCACUGGGAUGUGAUGGGAUAUUUGCUCCUGCUUUCCUGAAGAAAUUUCACAACCUGAUUCGUUUUUCCAAGGCUGAUAAUGCAAAGGCAAAUGACCAGUGAAAUACAGGCAGAAUUCCUGGUGUCCCUGUGGGAUUAGCAAAGUUAUGAGGAGAUGCUACAGGAUGGAAUGUGCAGAAGGCACAAAUGGUGAAUGUGCAAAAGAAGUAAAGCUGUUAGGAUGGUUCAGAAACAAACUGAUAUUUUAAAAUCCAAAUUUCAGACAGUGUUGGACUUCGAGUCCAGUGCAAGGUGAAAUCAGAAAAUGGGAGUUUAAAAAGAAGAGUUCUAUCAGUUAAACUUGCCUGGGACAGCUGACAGGAUUUAAUGUGUUUUGUUUCUUUAAUCAUCUCUUAAAGGCCCAGGCAACUGUCAGAAUUCAGGCAGCUAUCAGAGGAUAUUAAAUCAAUCUUCAGAGAGCUCCUGGACAUGACACAUUCAGUGUUUCAUCACGGAGAGAGGAGUAGAAAAAUUAGGUAGCUGGGCUUCAUAUACCAUUUCCAGGGAAACAGAUGAAGACGUAAGUGAAAAUCGUGAAGAAAUUAUCAUUUUCAAGGGCAUGACUGGAUGCCAGAAAUUGUAUUAUCUGUCUCCCUUUGAUAACAUUCUGGAUAAAAACAUAAAGGAAAAACCCAUCUGCUCUGCUCCUAAAUUGUUAAAUAUUAACUUUGAGUGAUGUGCUACCACAGCAAGUCAACAGGAAAGGUAAGAUGCUGCAGAUUUGCUUGGAUUUUGCAGGAGUUUACUGUGGUGAGAUUUUUCAGGACAUAGUGAAAACUCUGCCCAGGAAUUGGUCUCCUGGGAGCAGGGAGAGGAGCGGCUUUGGAUUGCUGUUACGGAACCAGCACAUCUGCCCUUCCCAGGAGAGCAGGCCUUAGGACACUGUCGUGGUGCCAAAAACUGCUCAGGGACUUCCCAGGUUUUGAGGGCAUUUCCACUCAAAGCUGGUGGUGCGGGUGGGGGUAUCCGGUCUGCAGAAUGUCCACGGGCUCCUUGGUUGGGCAGGCAGGAGUCAGGUGUCCCAUGCAAGCCCCUUCCAUUGCAGCCCCUGAUCUGGUUCAUGCUGUGCAUGGCCCUGGUGUACAAAGCUCGGGCUGUAUUUCAGUCCCAAAUUACUCCUUAGGGCAACAUUGGUAGAGAACUAAACUUCAGAGUUAAACAUCUUCUGGGACAUAACUUAAAAUUAGUGUUCCUGCCCACUCUGAUGAAUGAACAGGAUAAGGGAUGCAGUUCUGCAGCUCAUGGAAUGGAGUCCCUGUGCUGUGUCAUUUCUUUGAGGUAGGUGAGAGGAGUGAGCAGCACAGGAUUAUUCCAGGUCAGGGUUUGCCAGGUGGCUGCCCCAUCCCUGGAAGUGUUCAGGGCCAGGUUGGACAGGGUUUGGGGCAACCUGGGAUAGUGGAAUGUGUCCCUGCCUGUGGCUGGGGGUGGAACAAGAUGGGCUUUAAGGUCCUUUCCAACCCUCACCAGUCUGUGAUUCGCUGGUGAUGCUGCUGCUGCUAUUACUGUCACUUUUUAGCUUAGUGUUUUCAUCAGCUGAGAUUUCUCUUUCUCCUCAAGGUGGGGUAAUUUUCUGUUUACUUCAUUUUUAUCACCAGUUUUUGUUUACUAUCCCCACACAAUGGGGUUAAAAUUAGAGGGUUUUUGUUGUGAAACAGGUACAGCUAAAGACAACUGUUCCCUAACUGCAGCCAAAGAAAAUGGGAGAAAAGUAUGGGAAAUUUUGUAUUCUGGCUGGGUGUGUUCUCUGCUUUCAGUUCAGACAUCUGAACCUCCAGGGGUUAUAUAAUACUUUACAGCUGACUGCAAGGAGCUGUAGCCACAUGUCUAUAUUAGUAAUUUCUAGUAAAGGUGCUAUGCAAUGGCUUUAAAAAAGCAAAUUCACAUCUACAUGAUGCCAUCCUGGGUAACCAUGUGCCUGCCUUGGGCUCUUGAAGAUUUCGGACCCAACAGACAAAUCUGCUACAGUGAAAAAUUAGCAUAAAACAUGGGAAAAGUUUUAUUGUGAGACAUGGUUUUAUUAAUUUGUAGCAAAACACUUUGAAAUGCCUCUCAAAUGUAUCCUUAAAAGUCACUUAAAGUUUAUUUCACAAUGCAAUAAUACAACAACAUUAUAAAAGUAAGAAUGUAUAUUGUAAUUUUUAUAUAAGUUAUAUAUUUGUGAAAAAUUCAGUGUCUUAAAGAAUGGGGUCACUUGGUAUUUUAUAAUACAGAAAUAGGUUUAAUUUGCUGCAUGUUUUUUUAUUUAUGGUUGAUUGUAUUCAAUAUAGAGAGAUUUGGAACUUGUUGAUAUUAAUAUUUUUUUUAGAUAAAACUGAUUGUGAUACUUUAUUUUGUCAUAUUGCUGUGAAGCACCUGGAAAUAAAGGGUGAUAAGAUACUUUUUAAAAAGUACAUUUAA